AUGGCUGGGGAUUCUCUGCUCCCUCCUGGAAUGUCUCCGCAGCUGGUAGUGGCUCUUGCUUGUCUGCUUCUGACCUGUCGCGCACUGAGGGGACCGGUACCCUUGAGUGGGGACGCAUCCCACCGGGAGCUUUACCUCCCUCCUUGGGGAGCACUUAAUGAUGGUAGCCACCAGAACCCUCACAUCCUGAUCGCCAACCCUGGUCUCCAGGUGCCUCAGGGCCGCUCGGUUUGGCUCGACCCACUGGGGGACUUGGUGAUUCAAAUGCAGCCAGGGGACCAGUGUGAGGUGACAGUGCUGGACAUCCCGCGGCUCCAAGGCACGCUUUCCCCGCGCCACUUUCCCUGUGACUUCGGGGUCCGUAAGGUCAGGUACACUCACUUUGGCUCGCCCAGCGCUACAAGCACCCGGGUGCAGCUGCAGCUGCGAUACGAUGCAGGGAAUUCCACGCUGGUACUGCCUUUCACUCUGAAUGUGAACGUGGUCUUCUCCAAGCUCCAGUUGGUGACACGCAACAGGCCUUUGAAGGUGUUUAAACUGCAAGGCUGCAACCACGCCAUUAAUAGGAGAGUGCUAGACUUCGCCUCCAGGAGUAGGUGCAAGCUCACCUUGCUUCCUCACCCUAGCGGAGCACUCCCGAAGUACGGGCACUUGGUGGACGCCACUGGGACCCCUCUCUCCAGGGGCCAUCUGGCCGACUGUGAGACUUUUGUCCAGGCUGGGGUGCGCUACCAGCACACUGCUACACCAUCCUCACCCUGCAGGGACUAUGUGCCCAUGGUAGUAGCGUCAGAGUCCCAAGGAACUAGGUCAGUGAAGGUGCUGGCCCAGGAGUACUUCCAGCUUCAAAUCAGAAUCCAGAAGGCAGCCAGGAGCACAACCCCCAGGCCCAGUUUAGCCGCUCUAAUGACGGUGGAAGUUGAUCAGUCCCCACUUACAGCCCUGACACCUGAUGCUCUGGCUGUAGAAGACAACGAAUCACACCCUGAUGACCUAGUCUUCAACAUUCUCAAUGCCCCUGAGGUCCCACCUGGGUAGCAUGGUCAGCAGGGAUAUGUGGUGAACACAGAUGACCCCUUGGGUCUUCCAGUCUCCUUCUUCACCCAGAAGGAGCUUCGGGAGCUGAAAAUUGCCUUUCGAUCCCCCACAGGGAGCUCAGAAGGGGAGCAAUUACAGGUGAUAAAUGGAGAUGGUGACACCUCUGACCCUUUUGCCGUCGUGGUGGUGGUGAAGUCUAUGAAAGCCCUGGCUCCAAUAACUAGCUACAAUAGAGGACUUCUGGUUUUUGAAGGCCAGGCAAGGCCCCUGUCCAAUGGCCAAAGUUUUCAGGUCAGUGAUAAAGAUAAUUUGGACGAAGUAAGAAUUGCUGCAGUCAGAGGUUUGCAACAUGGGCAGCUGGUGGUGCUUGGGGCACCUGCGGGAUAUCAGUAUUUCACACCAGCAGACCUAAGUGCAGGGCGAGUGGUGUACCAGCAUGGUGGCAGUGACUCUUACAGUGACGUGCAAGGAUACCAACUCACUCGCUUCCAGAAGAAAUUCCUCCAAUACAUUGACCAGAAUUCAGAGACCCUACUGACACCACCAACUGAUACUGACAGCAACCGCCAAGUCCAGGCUGGAGAAAUUGUGCUCAGUGAUUCACCAAAUAGAUCCAUUAUUCAUUUCACCCAGGCCCAGGUCAAACAUCAAAAAAUUGCUUAUCAACACCCACAGAAGAAUCUGGGCAUUAUACCUCGGGUUGUGCAAUUCACCUACCAGGUGGGAGAUGCUGCAGGCAAUGGUGUGCCAGGUACAGUCACAUUAUUCCUGCAGCCUUUGAACAACCAGCCACCAAAAGUCAUCAAUAGGGGCUUUGCUGUCUUUGAGGGAGACAGCUUUAUUCUCAGCAACAGUGAACUUGAUGUUACAGACCCUGACACAGAUGAUGAUCAAAUUUUCUUCACUUUAGUCUGGGGUCCCCAGCAUGGACACUUGUGGUGCUUUAAAAAAUAUAUGGUUGCAGGAGAAUCUUUCAUGCUACCUGAUAUUAUUAAUGGGAAUAUCUCUUAUCAGCAUAGUAGAGACCAGACUACCAGUGACAUCUUCUACCUGGAGGUAAGUGAUGGGGUGCACCGUACACCCAUCACUGUCCGGAUUUCUGUGCAUCUCAUUGUGGCUGAUGGAUGUCCUGGGGUCUUUAUGACUGGCUCUCCAAUAUUGGCUAUUUCCAUAGCUGUACUUGAGAAUGCUGCUACAUUGACAGUGGGUGUCAAUCACAGCAGAAAGGACGGGAAGGACUUAAUGCUAUCUUUCAUUGUGGAGGACAAGCCUAAAUUGGGCUCUGUUCUGAUGAAUGGUCUGCCCACAGAACAAUUCACCCUGGAGGACCUCACUGGUGGGGUAGUAACCUACGUCCACACUGGAGGUGAUGUUGGCUUCCAAAGGGUGCAUGAUGCUUUUAGCCUUAUCCUCAACAAAGAUUCUUAUCACUCGUCCAUGGGGGACAACAUACUGGAGAGGGUGCUGGUGCAGGUGACAGUGCUGCCAGUGGACAACAUGGCCCCCAAGGUCUUGGUGGGAGAGCCCUUCAUUGUGUACGAAGGUGGGAAGAGCCUCUUGACCACACAACAUCUCAACGCUGAAGACGUGGACACUUCCAAAGAUGAAGUCCUUUGCACUCUGACUGGACAGCCAUCCUAUGGCUACCUGGAAAUCUUAGCACCAGCUCCCAGUUCAGAAGUGUCACGGGCUGGCCACCCCAUCAGUGCCUUCUUCAUCAAGGAUGUCCAAGUCGGGCAUAUCAAUUACGUACAAAGUAUCCACAGGGGGGUAGAACCAGAAACAGAUCAGUUCUCCUUUUACUGCUCUGAUGGCAUCAACUUCUCCCCAGAUGUCCUCCUCCCUCUGACCAUCUUGCCCACCAAUGAUGAGCAGCCCAAACUUGUCCCCCGUGAGUUCGUGGUAUUAGAGGGAAUGAGCCGAGUCAUAGAUACCCCACUGCUCGAUGCAAUAGAUGCUGACCUCCCACCAGACAAGCUCUGUUUUCGACUCACAGUCCUCCCCCAGCACGGGCAAAUCAUACAGCAGCUUGCCACAGGCAGCAAGCCCAUUCACUGCUUCACCUCGCAGGAGAUCCAAGAGGCCUCCUCCGUCGCCUAUGAGCAUGAUGGCUCAGAGAGCACGGAGGACAGCUUUGAGAUCUGGCUGAGUGACCGCAAGCACACCACUCACAAAAAGAUGCCCAUUGUUGUAAUUUUGGUAGAUGAUGAGGCCCCUCAGCUGACCAUCAGUGAUGGGCUGGAGGAAGAAACUGGACACUCUGAAAUCAUCACAAAUCAUAUGCUCAAAGCCAUAGAUCUUGACCCUGAUAACAAGGGUCUCACUUUUGUUCUCCAGUCUGAGCCUCAAUGGGGGCUUCUACAACGACUGAGGAAGCCAGGAGGAGACGUGAGGAACAACCUCACUGUGGGAAUGAAUUUCACCCAGGGAGAAAUUGACAGAGACCUCAUCAGUUAUACCCACACAGGCCAGGAGGAGGCUGUUGAUCUUUUCAAAUUUGAUGUGACUGAUGGAGUUAACCCUCUGAGAGACGGCUAUUUCUAUAUCACCAUUGGCAACUCAAACAGUGCCCCCCCCGACAUUGUCAGCAAAAGGGUUACCUUAACAGAAGAUGGCAGAGUGACCCUCACCACUGAACUGUUUAAUACCAGUGACAAUCACAGCUUUGGUGAGGAACUUCACUAUAGCAUUACACAAGCUCCUAGCAUGGGCCACUUGGAAAGUUCUGACCAGCAUGGGCCCAUGGCUUCUUUUACUCAGGUUCAACUGGCUGGCAACAAGAUAUCCUAUGUUCAUACUUCAAAGGAUGAGGUAAAGGUGGAACAUUUUGAGCUUUGAGUGACUGGUGGACACAGCUCUGUGUUCAGAAUCUUCAGGAUAUUUGUCACAGAUGUGGACAAUAAGCAACCAACUGUGACCAUCCGAACACUAACACUGCAAAGAGGGGACAGCAUAGAGGUCACUCCUUUUCAGUUGACAGUGGAAGAUGAGGAUACUCCAGAUAAUUUUAUUAUUUUCACCAUCACCCAGGUCCCCAUCCAUGGCAGGAUUUUGUAUAAUGCUAGCCAUCCUAUGACCACUUUCACCAAGAAGGACCUGACUGAGAGCCUGAUUCUCUAUUGUCAUGAUGGCAGUGAGACAACUGAUGACAGUUUCUCCUUCACUGUGUCUGAUGGCACUCACACUGGGUUCUACAUCUUCCCAGACAUUGGCCAGGAGACACACAUACCUCAGAUAAUGCGGAUUCAGAUAAGCCCCUUUGGCAACAGGCCCCCACAGAUUGCCGUUAACAGGGGAGCCUCAGCCUUGAAGUUCCUUCACAUUGGGCACUUGGGUUUCCUCAUUACCAACAAGUAUCUACAAGCAGACCAUCAGGAUGGGCCUCACAGACUCCUGAAUUAUAAAGUGACCAGAGGACAGCAUGGCUACAUUGUCGAUGCCGGCACUGGAAACAGGAGCAUGCACGUGUUCAAACAAGGAGGACAUAAACUAACAAAUCAACCUUUCCAUCUACGCUGGGCUUGGAUUUUUUUGGAAAAAGAGUACUACAUUGUGGAUGAAGACUCCGUGUUCUUCGAAGUGACCCUGACAUGCAGAGGGUACCUUGAAAGCACAUCCUUCAUCAGACAGACGUAUAGAGGUGCCUUUGAAAGAAAUAUAUUCGGGGUUUCUGUCUGGAGUUUGCCCCGCUGCCACUUAAAGCCCAGACUCAAGGCAGCCCAUGGCCGAGCUUUGCCUUCUGUGGCUCUCAGGGAUGCAGAUGGGCAGAGGCGGAUUAAGCACACGAUGGCUUUCUUCAACCAAGAAGCCAAUGAAAAAGCACAAGAGUUCAACAUUGAGAAAUGUCAUCUUGUGCAAACCCAAAGACUGAAGUCUAUGGAAUACUAUGAGAAGAAACAAAAGCAAAUUGAGCAGCAGAAGAAGAUUCAAAUGUCCAAUCGGAUGAAUCAAGCAAGGUUCCAAGUCCUUAGAGCAAGAGAUGACCUCAUCACUGAUCUGCUAAAUGAGGCAAAACAGCAAGGUGAAAAUAAGAUUUCCCUUUGGUGGAGGCUGCAGUACAAAAAGCAAAUCCUAUUUAUAAAAUUGCCACCGAAAAAGAUGUUGAUGUCCAAAUUGACCAGGAGCCUACCUGGUGGAGUUGAAAUCUAUAAUGGGGAUCGCAAGAUAAAGGUUUCUAACACUCUGGAAAGCUGGCUGGACCUCACAGCCCUACAGAUGAUGCAGAAGUCGCAGGAGCCUUGUUUGGUGCCAAUGCCAAUAGGAGGUUUCUGGACUGAGCCUGAGGAGGUGCUGCUCAUCCGAGGCUGUACUCCUGGAGCAGCAGAUACCUGUGUGCAUCUAAGUCAGCAGCUCACAAUCCUCUGUAACUCCAGGCCUGCAGGUUCUGCCACUGGCACGAUUCUCAACUUGGAGUUAUCUUGGUCAGAUUAUAUCUCACGACCAGGAGACAACACUAGCGUGCUCCACUUCAAAAAGGGUGAGAUGGAGAAGACCUGUCAGGUCUUUAAAGAAGACUCCCUUUAUAAAGAAGAGGAGUCCUUCAGCAUUGUCCUGAGCCUGUCAACGGGAGGACAGCUGGGAGCCAAAUUCCCCACUGCCGGGAUAACAAUCCUGGCUGACAGAGAGGAUGCUGGAACAGACUACAUUGGUGUCAGCCAAAAUCUGCACUUUAGCCCAGGAGUAAUCGUGCAGAGACUCCGAGUGACAAUCCUUGAUGACCUGUGUCAGCCUGCCUUUGAGGGUCCAGAGAAGUAUGAAUUACUUCUCCAGAUGCCUACAGGUGCAGUGCUUGGAGAACCAAAUAAAACCACUAUUGUCAUCAAUGACGACAUCACCAACUACCAAGCAAAGUGCUUGUAG